AAUCAGAGCUCCCAUUGUAUCCGAGUAGUUUGAGUUCGCUACCACUAGUUCACUAGUGGGCACGGUGGGUCUCUAACAGCUACUAAGGAACGCCACCAAUUUUUGCAGAAAUGAACAACAGAACCACUUUUAUGUGCACAUGUACAGUUGUAUUACUGUUUCUGGUGGCAGAAACACGAUGUGCUUCAAAGAGCAGAGUCAAUGCAAAAAACUGGGGUCCACAAGCAAUGAUGUACCUUAAAGGACGAUACGGCAGGAGAUAUGCGUCAGAUUAUGAUGAAGAGGAUCAGUUUUACAAAUUUGACGCGAAUAACUUGAAUAUGCUUCUCAAAGGAUACCGAAAAUCAAGAGCAAUAGGAUUCAGAAACAUCAGAAGAAUGUUAACAGCUGAAAAUAUAGAGAUACGAUAUCUGGAAUAACAAAACAAUCAUUACUGGUCUUCAGUUUUCUUGUUCAUAAGUGAAGAAGCACACUUAUUGUUUGUGCAGCAACAAUAACGUGGUCUUUGUACAUGUUACCAACCACGUUUUCAUCUUGAAACAAAUUACUGUUUUGUAUUCGUACUGUAUAAACCUAUGGGCAUUUCCCUGUAUUAGCGGCAUAAUGCAUUUUCUUUUUUGCUUCAAAGGUUGUAUAAUGCCUUUUAAAAUGUUUGAGUAAAAGAUUAUUUAGGGUUAGUUUUUAUUUGGGCAUUCUUAUUUGUAUUAUUGAAUUACAGUAACUGUGUUUGGUAAUAGAUGUUGUAUGAUAUGUGUGUUCUAGACAAACACAUCAACUGUAACUAGCUAAAUAAGGGAGAAAACAUAUGUGGACUGUGUAUUAAGCUAUACUCACAUUAAAUUAGCAAUAUAGAGCAUUUUGUGGGCUUACAUGCCUUUUUUCUAAUGGAGGUUUCCAUAAUACAUCUGUGCCACGCAGAGGGGUCUCGUAUAUAUAAGUUGUCCCCGGUUGAACUGACAUGUUACUUGUAUUUGUAUACAGUUGGGUCAUGAACCCUGCAACUCAACUGCUACCAACCCAGCAAGGUGCCUGUGGGGUUGAGUUUUUACUACACAACCUCAAACUAACACUCACCUUAUCUUGUGUGCAAAUUACCCACAAACAUAAUCAUAAUGACACAGGCACUUUAUAUGGACAAUCAGACAAUAUCCAACCACAUAGUCAUGAAGCUGCUUCAGUGGUGAGAGACCUCAACUUGAACCCACCACUAAUGUAGCCUGUGGUCGCAUAUAGGGCUAGGCUAAUAUAAUAAAAACAUUUAAUCUGUAUUGUCGAAUUGCUUUCAAAGUUCUAAAACAGCUGACAGUAAUGAAAAAAAAUACGUUGUGGCGGUACAUGUCUGUC